GUAACCUUUUUUUAGAUGUUUCAUUUUGCCCCAUUCUAUGUCAGAACUGAACAUGUUGUAGAAAUCACUCCUGUGGAAGUUCAUUUACUCAAUUUGUUUUUAUUAGAUUUUGUUAUUGGGGAGUCACCACUCACUACCUUAGAGGGAUUUCACACAGACAUAUUAGAGAAAAAGGAGCAAAAGGCCAAGUAUUAUAGCCUGUUCCUUCUCACUCUACACCAUCGGCUAUUGCACCUAUUAAGGAAAAUCAUGGCGGAUGUGAUGGGAGCUAUUUUCCAAGAUUUAGCAAUUCGGUGCAUGACUGCAUUAAGCAUCUUUGAUAGUGCUCAUUCGAAAGUACCCUUGUGUCAUCUUCGCACUGGUUGUAAGCUGAUUAGCAAUGUAGCCACUUCCAGAAUCGGCAAGAUUUGCUCAGUUUCAACUGAUGGGCAGAAUGCUAGUGUUAAACCCCUGAAGAUGAUUCCCGGAUCAUAUUACCUUCCAAAGCCAGGCACGACCCGUGGGGAGGACGCUCAUUUCAUAUGUGAAGAUGAGCAAGUAAUUGGUCUGGCAGAUGGAGUUGGCGGUUGGGCCCAGUCGGGUAUUGAUGCAGGAGAAUUCGCUCGAGAACUGAUGUCCCACGCAGUCAAUGCAAUAAAAGAGGAGCCCAAAGGCGCCAUUAACCCACUCAGGGUACUACAGAAUGCCUUUUCAAACACCAAAGCCAUGGGAAGCUCGACGGCAUGCAUUGCAGCACUCAAAGACCAGCACAUACAUGCCUUGAACAUUGGUGAUAGCGGUUUUAUUGUGGUUAGAAAGGGAAGCGUCUCCUUCCGUGCACCCAUGCAACAGCACUUCUUCAAUUGCCCAUUUCAACUGGGGAGCGGUCCUUACAGUGAUCCACCCACAGCUGGAGAGGAAAUGGAGUUUGGUCUCGUGACGGGGGAUGUCAUCGUUGCUGGCACGGAUGGGCUGUUUGAUAACUUGUUCGAUAACGAGGUGGCUGAGGCCAUACUUCAGGGGAAUAGAGAUGGUGUGGGCCCACAGGAGAUGGCUUCAAGGCUAGCCAAACUUGCAUGGGAACGAGCCCAUGAUAGCGAACGUGUGACACCAUUCUCCAUCGCUGCCCGAGAAGCUGGAUACAGCUUUUCUGGCGGAAAGAUCGAUGAUAUCACCGUCAUUGUUGCCAACGUUACGGAUGGUCAAGCAUGACAGGUGCUUUAAACAAAUGGGUUGGAUGAUAGGCUGGUAUGUUUCUUUCAUUGUUUUUAAAAAUAGUUGGUAAUGGCCAGUUUCUAA